CAACUUUGUGUCUUCAUUCUUGAUAAUAUGAGUGCCUUAAAAAGAAGCAGAGGAGAGGAUGUGCUAGUGGAAGCAGAGGCCAUGGCUAACUGCGCCUUAAUGCUUUUGUCUCGUUUCAAUACCAACAACACUUCAUCUUCAUCAGAUCAUCAUCAUAUUAAUGAUUUUGAAUGCAAGACUUGCAAUAAACGCUUCCCGUCUUUUCAAGCCUUAGGCGGUCAUCGUGCAAGUCAUAAUAAAAAGCCAAGAUUACUAGGAGAGUUUCUUGUUCAAACCAACAAAAAGAACAAGAUGCAUAAAUGCUCUAUUUGUGGUGUGGAGUUUUCUUUGGGUCAAGCGUUAGGAGGGCACAUGAAGCGUCAUCGCGAUGAAAUUAAUAAAACGUCGAGGAUGAUACCAGUGUUGACGAAGUCGAAUAGCAGCAAGAGGAUUUUUUGUUUGGACUUAAAUUUAACCCCUCGUGAUGAUAAUGUUGAUUUCAAGUUAUGGCCGACCGCACCAAUUGCAUCUCCUGUUUUGAGAAUUUUUAUUUGAUAUUAUAUUCUUGUAGGAUUAGAAGAAGCUGUAAUACUUCAUUUGUUAAUUCUUUUAAUGUAUUCAUUCAUUUUUCUUAUAUAUUUUCUUAAUUAAUUCA